CAUUAAAUAAAUGCACCCUUAUUUACAAACUCCAAUUUGGAAAUUCUGCUCUCGAUUUUCCCGAUAAUUGCUCUGAAAUUGAGUUGCAGGGAAGGAAAAUGGCUGCAGAAGAAGAUAGUAAGAAGGACGACGGAGUCUCGAUCGAGCUUCCUGCUCCAGCUGGUUGGGUUAAGAAGGUUACUCCGAAGAAAGGCGGGACCCCUCAGAGAAAUGACAUUCUUUUCAUAUCCCCCACCGGAGAGGAAAUCAAAACGAAGAGACAGUUAGAGCAGUACCUCAAAUCUCACCCUGGAGGGCCAGCUGCUUCCGAAUUUGAGUGGGCUACAGGUGACACACCUCGGCGAUCUGCAAGAUUAAGUGAGAAAUCAAAAGCUGUAGAAACAGCUGCGACGCAGUCCCCCACAAAAAAACAAAAGCGAUCCGCCACAAAGCGGGGAGGAGCCAACGAAAAGAGCAAUGCUACAACAGAUGGCGAAGCUGCAGUCGAGAAGGAAACUAAAGAAAGCAACGACAUUCCAAUUACAGACACAAAGGAAGACGAAGGAACAGACAAAACCAAUCCCCCCCAACCCCAACCCCAACCCCUCCCCGAAAACACAAACAAUGAAGAAAAUUCCAACACCAAGGAAUCCAUCGAAGCAGCCACUGAUUCAGCUGCAAAUGCAAAAACUGACGAAUCUAAGGAGACAGCUACUCAGAAUGACGAGCCCCAGAAUGAGGGAAAAGAAACUCCAAGUGAAAACCCGGUCGAGAAGGAGCCUUCUUUGCAAGAGCCACCUACAGACGAGUAUCAUCAACGAGCGUUCUAACAUGUUUCUACUCUAGAAAUAACUGCUAGGAAUGAGUAUAUUCUUGGAACAAUUGAGAUAUGUUUAAAAAUGUCGGGAAACUUGGAACCGAGACCUCCAAGAGAUUAUAGAUUGUUGUUCUAUCUCUUGAUGUUGAUCUCUACUGUUGUUAUUCCGGGAAUAUAUAUGGUUAUGUGUCUUUUUAGUGAUGAAGAAGAACUACAUUUGAUGUAUAAUGUUAAUGUAUAUUGGAUAUGAUUAUUGAGGAUGAUGAUGAUAGCUUUGAUGAUCUUAU